UCCGGCUGAAUGUCAGUGCGGGGCUGUGGGCCGGGGAAGAAGGUGGUUGGCGGUCCCUUCACUCUCUCCGCGGCUUGUGCUGCGGUCGCGGGCUCCCGGUCGCUGGGCCGCUGGGGCAUGAGACCGUGAGGCGAGGGACCGGCCGGGGCUGCCGACAUGUUUGGCCGCUCGCGGAGCUGGGUGGGCGGGGGCCAUGGCAAGUCUUCCCGCAACAUCCACUCCUUGGACCACCUCAAGUAUCUGUACCAUGUUUUGACCAAAAACACCACAGUCACAGAACAGAACCGGAACCUGUUAGUGGAGACCAUCCGUUCCAUCACUGAGAUCCUAAUUUGGGGAGAUCAGAAUGACAGCUCUGUGUUUGACUUCUUCCUGGAGAAGAACAUGUUUGUUUUCUUCUUGAACAUCCUGCGGCAGAAAUCUGGCCGCUAUGUGUGUGUUCAGCUGUUGCAGACCUUGAACAUCCUCUUUGAGAAUAUCAGUCACGAGACCUCACUUUAUUAUUUGCUCUCUAAUAACUAUGUAAAUUCUAUCAUUGUCCAUAAGUUUGACUUUUCCGAUGAAGAAAUUAUGGCAUAUUACAUAUCAUUCCUGAAAACACUUUCGUUGAAACUCAACAACCACACUGUCCAUUUUUUUUACAAUGAGCACACUAAUGACUUUGCCCUGUACACAGAAGCCAUCAAAUUUUUUAAUCACCCUGAGAGCAUGGUUAGAAUUGCUGUCAGAACCAUCACAUUGAAUGUCUACAAAGUGGAUAACCAGGCCAUGCUACACUAUAUCAGAGACAAAACUGCUGUCCCUUACUUCUCCAAUUUGGUCUGGUUCAUCGGGAGCCACGUGAUCGAACUUGAUAACUGUGUGCAGACUGAUGAGGAGCACCGGAAUCGGGGGAAACUGAGUGACCUGGUGGCUGAGCACCUGGACCACCUGCACUAUCUUAACGACAUCCUGAUCAUCAACUGCGAGUUCCUCAAUGAUGUGCUCACAGACCACCUGCUCAACAGACUCUUCUUGCCCCUGUACGUGUACUCACUGGAGAACCAGGACAAGGGAGGAGAACGGCCAAAAAUCAGCCUGCCGGUUUCGCUCUAUCUUCUGUCACAGGUUUUCCUAAUUAUACAUCAUGCACCCCUGGUGAACUCGUUAGCUGAAGUCAUUCUGAAUGGCGACCUGUCUGAGAUAUACGCUAAGACUGAACACGAUGUUCAGAGAAGUUGUGCCAAGCCCAGCAUUCGGUGCUUUAUUAAACCCACCGAGACACUUGAGCGGUCCCUUGAGAUGAAUAAGCACAAGGGCAAGCGGCGGGUGCAAAAGAGACCCAACUACAAAAACGUUGGGGAAGAAGAAGAUGAGGAGAAAGGGCCCACUGAGGAUGCCCAAGAAGAUGCUGAGAAGUCUAAAGGUACAGAGGGUGGUUCAAAAGUCAUCAAGACGAGUGGGGAGAGUGAAGAGAUAGAGAUGGUGAUCAUGGAGCGCAGCAAGCCCCCAGAGUUGGCAGCCAGCACCUCCGUGCAGGAGCAGAACACCACAGACGAGGAGAAGAGCGCUGCCACAGGCUUGGAGAGCGUGCAGUGGAGCAGGCCCUUCCUGGACAUGGUGUACCACGCGCUGGAUAGCCCCGAUGAUGAUUACCACGCGCUCUUCGUGCUCUGCCUCCUCUACGCCAUGUCUCACAACAAAGGCAUGGACCCUGAAAAACUAGAGCGAAUCCAGCUCCCGGUGCCCAGUGUGGCUGAGAAGACCAUUUACAACCACCUGCUGGCGGAGAGACUCAUCAGGAUCAUGAACAACGCUGCCCAGCCAGAUGGGAAGAUCCGGUUGGCGACACUGGAGCUGAGCUGCCUGCUCUUGAAGCAGCAAGUCGUGACUAGCAUGGGCUGCAUCAUCAAGGACGUGCACCUGGCCUGUCUGGAGGGUGCGAGGGAAGAAAGCGUCCACCUCGCGAGGCACUUUUAUAAGGGAGAAGAAAUUUUUUUGGACAUGUUUGAAGAUGAGUACAGGAGCAUGACAAUGAAGCCAAUGAACGUGGAGUAUCUCAUGAUGGAUGCCUCCAUCCUGCUGCCCCCCACAGGCACACCACUGACAGGCAUUGACUUUGUGAAGCGGCUGCCAUGUGGCGACGUGGAAAAGACCCGGCGGGCCAUCCGGGUGUUCUUCAUGCUCCGUUCCCUGUCACUGCAACUGCGAGGGGAGCCCGAGACCCAGUUGCCACUGACGAGGGAGGAAGACCUGAUCAAGACCGAUGAUGUCCUGGAUCUCAACAACAGUGACCUGAUCGCGUGCACAGUGGUCACCAAGGAUGGCGGCAUGGUCCAGCGGUUCCUGGCUGUCGAUAUUUACCAGAUGAGCUUGGUGGAACCCGACGUGUCCAGGCUUGGUUGGGGAGUGGUCAAGUUUGCAGGCCUCCUGCAGGACAUGCAGGUGACCGGUGUGGAGGAUGACAGCCGUGCCCUGAAUAUCACCAUCCACAAGCCUGCAUCCAGCCCCCACUCCAAGCCUUUCCCCAUCCUCCAGGCCACCUUCAUCUUCUCAGACCAUAUCCGCUGCAUCAUCGCCAAGCAGCGCCUGGCCAAAGGCCGCAUCCAGGCAAGACGCAUGAAGAUGCAGAGGAUAGCGGCCCUCCUGGACCUUCCGAUCCAGCCAACCACUGAAGUCCUUGGAUUUGGACUCGGCUCCACCUCCUCCUCCCAGCACCUGCCUUUCCGAUUCUAUGACCAGUGCCGGCGAGGCAGCAGUGACCCCACAGUGCAGCGCUCUGUGUUCGCGUCCGUGGACAAGGUGCCAGGCUUUGCCGUGGCCCAGUGCAUAAACCAGCACAGCUCGCCGUCCCUGUCCUCGCCAUCACCAUCCGCCAGCGGGAGCCCCAGUGGCAGCGGGAGCACCAGCCACUGCGACUCAGGAGGAGCCAGCUCAUCGUCCACCCCCUCUGUUGCCCAGAGCCCGUCAGAUGACCCCAUGACCAUGGAACAGCCUCAGCCUAACCUUGCCGACCAGGUGGUGACCGUCAGUGACGCGGAAGCAGACACCAGGCCCGGCAAGAGCCUGGCAAGGAGUGUGGACAUGGAGACAGUCAGCCUGUCCCCCAGCCUCACCCCAGCCCAGCAGCCCACCAUCUCCCUGCUCUGUGAGGACACCGCCGACACACUGAGCGUAGAGUCGCUGACCCUCAUCCCACCUGUUGACCCCCACAGCCUCCGUACCCUCGCGGGCAUCCCCCCGGCCCCCACACUGGCCACAGAGGGCACAGUGACCCCAGACGAGGAGGCUGCGCCCCCAGAGCCAGCAGGCCCCAUCGAGCACUAAGUGGGGGCUGAGCAGCCUCCCCUUUGUGCUUGCAGCCCCCGCGGGUAGGGACCCAGUGCCACCGACUCCAAAGACACAUUGGGAGCAUCCGCAGUGACCAUCUUCGCCACCCACCCGUGUGCUCCUGGAUUCCAUUUGAAUUCCUCUUUCACUUUGCACUUCGCUGAGAACAGCUGGACCUGGUGGAGACACCCCAGCAAAGCGGGGGCCCCUGGGGAAGGAGGUUGGGUUCCUGGUCUCUGAGCUCCCCCGGCUCGCGGCUCUGCUGUGGCGUCCCCAGUGUGCACGGAAGAAGUGGACAAGGUCACUUUAGGUAGAAAUUUGUAGAAAAGUGAACUUUGAUAAACAUCUUCUUUGGGUAUUUAUUUCCGCUGUGGCAGCAGGUGAAAAGCAUUUAUUUAAAAAGCAUCUAUUUUUUAAAAGACAAAGUCCCAAAAAAUCCUCAAUGCUAAGGUUUGAUGUCAUGUAAAAAGUGUAGAUUGCUGUUCAGAUUUCAUUUUCAUUUUCCCUUGAACUUUCCAGUGUUUAGGUUUAGAGUUCUCAGUCUGGUGUUUUCUUUUUCCCUAAGUGAUUCUUAUUUCUCUAUUGCUCACUGACUCUGCAAGCCUGUGGGAUGAUAAAGUACCUUCCUGGAAAGUUUAGAGUAUUUUUUAAAGAAAAUAAGGGAGAUACAUGCAUUCUCAGGUACACACAGAGUGGAGAGAGCUGAAAGUUUCUCUGCUGCGGCAGCCAAGGGGCCUUACACUGGUUUACCUGAAAGGUCUUUUCACGAAAGGGGGCCAGGGCCCAUUCCGCAUCUCUCUGGACUGGAGGCAAACAGGACCGUUUCUCAGCAUCACCUUCUGUGGCUGCCAGCUUUGUUGGUCUAAGAGAAUUGUUGGGGACCGUGAGGACCCUGGUCCCAGCAGCUACAAUGGGAAGCAGAGGCCAUGGAAGCCGUCCUCUACAUCGCCUGCUGCUCAGCUCCGUGCGCCUCCUCUCUGCGGCUACAAAAAGGACAUGAGCUUGUUUUUAAAAUGAACCCUCUGCCCGGUCCCUUCUCCCUUUGGUCUGGUUGUGCAGGGAGGGGCCAGUUCUCCACCGAAUCCAGUAAAGCAGCCAAAGCGUUCCUUGCAACUUGGCACAGCCAAGCGACCCUCCCUUCCUCCUGGUCCAUGCUAAGACCUCCCACAACUUUCCUCCAUGUGUCCACCAGGGGUAUCAGCACACAGCUGUUGGUGUCGGCCAGGUCCAGUUACCGGGCAGCCUCAGAAGAUGCUGUGAAUGCUCAUCUUCCACCUAUCAGAGGACGCCAUCCUCACCGCCUCCCUCAAUCCAGCUGUCACAACAGGGCCCGCUGACGCCAGAUUCCAACCUCCUGACGCAAACACACAUCCUGCAGAGGAGGGGCAGUCAUGCCUGUGGGCGCAGGUCUCUGUCAUCAGAAGCCUCCAGGAGCUGUGCCCACCAACCCCCGGUCUGGUUUUCAAAUGACUCUGGGGCAGCAGGAGCAGAGGCCAGUGACUUCCCAGGCCAGCAGCAGCACUGGGAGGAACAAGCCCACACAGGCAGACCCAGGCCCUCCCCAGGACCACCGCCCACUGUCUGAAGUCCGCUUCUAGGUGGCUUUGUGGCCUCAGGGCACUGAAAGGGAAGGUCUCGGGCGGGGGAGACAGCCUGCCUCAGGGUAGGGGAUGGUGCCCUCUGACCCCCCGGGUCCUUACACUCGGACCUCUGGGGUUUAGCCUCCGUCAACCCUUAGAGCCCCCAUCUCCAUGUCCCUACAGAAGGAGGGGCUGGGGUCGGUCUCACCCUCCCCAAGUCAACACCGGGCCCCUUGGGUUUGCCACGUCAGGGGACAGGGUUGGCACUCCCCAGGGAGGGGUGGACGGGAGGGCCUCUCCACCCCCCUUCCCCUCCAUCAAGCCUGCCCUGCCCCGCAGAAGGCAGCUUCCCACCUAAACACUGGCAUUACAAGUGACCGGCAUGAGUGAAGAAACUCACGCCCUCACAGACAUACACAAGAUUUCUCCAAGGUCUCAAGAUGCACUGUUUAAAAAAAAAAAAAAGCAUGGGGUGAAUCGAUUCUCAUCUUUUUUAGAUGCAAUAAGAAAUGUUUCGUGUAGUCAUGUUGACACUGGGCAUAAACUGUAAGGGUUCCUGUUCCUAAUGUUCCUCUGAGCUGAAAAUAUGUAAAUAAUUCUUGUCUUGAGGAGGAGCAGCAUUAGGAAACCUCACGCUUCUGGGUUGAGGGACCGUUCCAGGGAAGAACCUGCUUACUGGUGUGACUCAUGCUUCAUGGGUACUGUACACCAGGGUGGAAACAAAAACUGGAACUUCCUUGUAAAUUGUUACUUGGCAAUAAAAGAGAAAGAGUUCCCAGAA